AUGAAGCCCCCCACCGCGCUACUUCGAAAGAAAUGGGACGCCAUCGUUGUGGGCGGGGGCCACAAUGGGCUUGUAGCUGCAUCGUAUCUGGCAAAGGCAGGCAAGAGCGUCUGUGUACUGGAAAAGAGACAUCUAGUCGGCGGUGCGGCGGUGACGGAGGAGAUUUUCCCCGGGUUUAAGUUCUCGCGGGCGUCAUACGUGUUCUCGCUCUUCCGGCCGCAAAUUAUCAAAGAUCUGGAUCUGCAUCGGCACGGUCUAGAGGUGUUUGUUCGAGACCCGUCGUCGUUUACGCCGACACGUGACGGUCGCAGCCUCAUCCUCGGAAGUGAUAUGCAGCAAACGCAAGCAAGUAUAGCUCAAUUCUCAACUGCGGAUGCGAAAGCGUAUCCGGUGUACAACAAGAUGUUGGAGGACAUGGUGGAUUUCUUCUUGCCGAUGCUCGAUGAGGCCCCGCCAGAUCUCCACACUGCUUUUGACUCGGCUUCUUCUCUAAGGUGA